CACUGCAGAUUGGGAGCAGUGUGUUUUCUUCUCAAGUUAAGCCUGCAAAUUGCUAAAGAAAUGUAGUUAUCAAGGAAUUAAAAUACGCCACACCAUUUCUCUUGUAUUUAGUGACAAGAGUAGAAUGUCUGCUGUUUUGGCUGGGAUGUCUACAGUCUAAACAAUUGAUUUCAAUCUCAUUUGGGCUUUCUAGCUGCUUGUUUUAGCAUGGCGGAGAUCGGCAUUCACAGACUCCUUCUUUUUGUUAUUUCUCUGACAGAGUAUCUGGAGGGUACAAAACUGCUGGCAGACCUUAAAAAAUGUGGUGACCUGGAAUGUGAAACAUUAAUUAGCAGAGUCUUAGCUGUGAGAGAUUACACAGGACCUGACUGCCUAUACCUGAACUUCACUAAGGGAGAAGAGAUAUCUGUUUAUGUUAAACUUGCAGGAGAAAGAGAAGAUUUGUGGGCAGGAAGUAAAGGAAAGGAGUUUGGAUUUUUUCCCAGAGAUGCAGUCCAGAUUGAAGAGGUGUUCAUAUCUGAAGAAGUUCAAAUAUCAACUAAAGAAUCUGAUUUUCUUUGUCUCCUUGGAGUAAGCUACAUGUUUGAAAAUGAACAUAGUGAUUUAAACAAUGACAAUAGUGAAAAUAUAUAUCCAUAUGAAGAAGAUAGAGACCUAACAUAUAGUAUAUAUGAAAGUGAUUUCCAGAUAAAACCUGUAUUUUAUGCAACUCCUCCAAGUACUUGGUUUGAAGACCAGUUUCCAGCAUCAGAGGCUCCUGAAGAUAUCAGAAGUGCCAGUGAAUCAAAUGGCUGGGAAGAGGCAGAAGCUAGCAGUGUGGAACAGGAUCACAUUCCAGAGGUGAAUUAUGUUUCGUCACCCUUACCUGUGCGGGAAGUACAAGGACGAUUCGGAUUAGGGACAGAACAAGCUCAAGAGAAGGCUAUUGAAUCAGUUACUGAACCUGUACAAGAAAGCUCAUUUCGAAGUAGAAAAAUAGCAGUGGAAGAUGAGAAUGACCUGGAGGAAUUAAACAAUGGUGAGCCUCAAACAGAUCAUAAGCGCGAACCUGAGUCAGAAUUUGAAUCAGUGCCCGAGGAACAGCCCGAACAAGCUCAUGACUUAGAGCACAUUCUCAAGCCUGAAGCCACUGGCUGGUUUGGUAGUGGAUUCAUAAGUUAUUUAGGUUUUGGUGAGGAGGAUACAGGGUUUGAAUUAUUAUCGGAAGAGAGCAAUCUACCACUACAAGAUUUUCCCUAUUCUAUAUCAUCUGAUGAAGAAGCCACAGUUCCAUGUACAGAAAUGUUAACAGAAAAAGAAGACACAAUUACUAAUGAUAGCUCAAUUCUCAAGCCAAGUUGGUUUGAUUUUGGUUUUGGUAUGCUAAGCUUUGCAUAUGCCAAUGAAGAUAAAAUUAUUUCAGGUGAUGGAAAAAAUGAAGAAGACAGUGGGGUAAAUAAACAUGAACACCCUCAUGCAAGUGAAUUUAAUUCUGAUAAGGAAGAGGAAAUAAAAAUGAUAAAAAUUAUAGAAACAGAAGACCAAACAGAAAAGGAAAAAGUCUUUGAGAAAACAGAUGAUUCCGAUACCAUGCCAUAUUUGAAAAAGUUCUUGUAUAGUUUUGAUAGCCCUUGGAGCUUCGAGAAUAUUCCAAAGGAAACAGAAUUGCCAAUUCCUGAACAGAUACUGGAUCAAAAUUAUGUAGUUGAACGUGAAGAAACAGAAGAAUUUUCACUUGAAAAUUAUCCCACAGAUAAUGUGAAAGAUCUUGUGAUGUUGGACAACAGAUACAGUCAGUCAGAAUUAUCCAUGAGAAUUCAUGAAGCAGCAUCUUUCAAAACCUCCUCUUCUAAAAAUAAUGACGAAAAAUCAAAAUUCCCAGGAGACUCUGAAGAGCCUGCUCAGGUGGAAAUAGACAGAUCUGUGGAAAACACCAUCCCAGACAGUCAGAUGGUUUCAACUGAUAAUGCUUUGUCUCCUCACAAUUACAUUCCUCAAAAAGAAGAUGGGUCCAGGUUUCAGAUUCUGAAAUAUUUAUUUCAAAUUGAUAUUUGUGAUGUCAUGACUUCUGUAUUUUCACCAAUUGUACUUCUUUCAGAAUGGGUUGUGGCAGCACUGCCUGAAGAGAUGAGACCAGCCUCGAAUCCCUAUGGUUUAUCAUGGGAAUUGGUGAUGGGGCCAGCUGUUGUUGGGGUUUUUGCUGUUUUCUUAUUUUUAUGGAGAAGUUUUCGAUCGGUUAGAAGCUGGUGUUAUGUGGGGAGAGAAAAGCACCUUGCUAUAAAGCUUUCUAAACUAAUUGAAGAAAAAUGUAAACUACUUGAAAAAGUUAGCCUUGCUCAAAAAGAGUAUGAAGGCUUAGAGUCUUCUUUAAAGGAUGCCAGCUUUGAGAAGGAGUCAACAGAAGCACAAAGUCUGGAGUUUGAUGAAGGAUCACAAAUACCCGAGGAAACCUAUGAAAUGCUGGAUAGGAACAGAUUGAAGCUUGAAGAUGAAAUACUCUUUCUAGAAAAAGAGCUAAAUGAUGAGAAAUCUAAACAUUCUGAACAAGAUGAAUUGAUGGCCGAUGUUUCAGAAAAGAUACAGGCCCUAGAAGAUGAGUCAAAAUCCCUCAAAUCCCAAGUAGCUGAAGCCAAAACAACUUUCAAAAUAUUUCAAAUCAAUGAAGAAAGACUUAAAGGAGCAAAAAAAGAUGCUUUGAAUGAAAAUUUCCAACUUCAGGAAAGUCAAAAACAGCUUUUACAAGAAGUUGAAGUGUGGAAAGAACAAGUGAGUGAACUUAAUAAGCAAAAAGUAACAUUUGAAGACUCCAAAGUAUGUGCAGAACAAGUUCUGAAUGAAAAAGAAAAUCACAUCAAGUCUCUGACUGAACACUUGGUAAAGAUGAAAGAUUGGGCUGCUGUGCUUGGAGAAGACCUAACUGAUGAUGGUAACUUGGAAUUGGAAGUGAAGAGCGAAUCGUCGAGUGGUGCUCAAUUAGAUAACGAGCCAAAAGGAGCUUUGAAGAAACUGAUUUAUGCUGCUAAGUUAAAUGCUUCUUUAAAAUCCUUAGAAGGAGAAAGAAACCAAAUUUAUUCUCAGUUAUCUGAAGUAGAUAAAACAAAGGAAGACCUUACAGAGCAUAUUAAAAAUCUCCAGACUGAACAAGCAUCAUUGCAGUCAGAAAAUACACAAUUUGAAAGUGAAAAUCAGAGGCUUCGGCAGAAACUUGAAGUAAUGACUGAACUGUAUCAAGAAAACGAGAGGAAACUCCACAGGAAAUUAACAGUAGAGGAAAAUUACCGGUUAGAAAAAGAUGAGAAACUUUCUAAAUUGGAUGAAAGGAUCAGCCAUGCCGCUGAAGAGCUGGAGACCUACAGAUUAUUUCCCACGAGAAAAAAGCACAUGAUAAUUGGUUGGCAGCUCGAACUGCUGAAAGAAACUUGAAUGAGUUAAGGAAAGAAAAUGCUUACAACAGACAAAAAUUAACUGAAACAGAGUUUAAAUUUGAACUUUUAGAAAAAGAUCCUUAUGCACUUGAUGUUCCAAAUACAGCAUUUGGCAGAGAGCAUUCCCCAUAUGGUCCGUCACCAUUGGGUCGGCCUUCAUCUGAGACGAGAGCUUUUCUCUCUCCUCCAACCUUGUUGGAGGGUCCACUCAGACUCUCACCUUUGCUUCCAGGGGGAGGAGGAAGAGGCUCAAGAGGCUUAGAGAAUCCUCUGGACCAUCAGAUUAGCAAUGAGAGAGGAAACUCAAGCUACGAUAGGUUAACCGAUCCUCAUAGAGCACCUUCUGACACUGGAUCUCUGUCACCUCUGUGGGAACAGGACCGUAGGGUGAUGAUUCCUCCACCAGGCCAACCAUAUCCUGACCCAGCUCUUCCACUACAAAAGCAAGAUAGAUACUAUUCUAAUUCUGGUAGACUAUCUGGACCUGCAGAACUCAGAAGUUAUAAUAUGCUUUCUUUGGAUAAAGUGGAUGGGCCAAUGUCUUCAGAAACGGAAUCCCGUAGAAAUGAUACAAAAGAUGAUCUUGGUAAUUCAAAUGUGCCUGAUUCUUCUCUCCCUGCUGAAAGCAAAGCAACUGGCCCUGGGUUUGUUCCUCCACCUCUUCCUCCAGUUGGAGGUCAGCCGUUUCUAAUGUAUCCGAGGAGCCAGGUCCUGAGGAGAGGACCUCCUUUUCCUCCACCUCCUCCAGGAAACAUGUAUGGAGCACCUCGAGAUUAUUUUCCACCAAGGGAUUUCUCUGGCCCACCGCCUCCAUUCCCAAUGAGAAAUGUCUAUCCACGGGGUUUUCCUCAUUAUCUUCCCCCAAGAGCUGGAUUUUUCCCCCCACCCCCACAUUCUGAAAGUAGAAGUGAGUUCCCUUCAGGGUCGAUUCCGCCUUCAAAUGAGCCUGCUGCUGAACAUCCAGAGCCACAACAAGAAACCUGACAAUAUUUUUGAUCUCUCUUCAAAAGUAAUUUUAUCUCUCAUUUUCAGUUUAAGUAACUGCUGUUACUUAAGUGAUUAUACUUUUGCUCAAAUUGAAGCUUAAUGGAAUUACAAUUCUCAGGAUAGUAUUUUGUAAAUAAAGAUGAUUUAAAUAUGAAUUUUAUGAGUAAAUUAUUUCCAUUUUAUUUUAUUCUAAGUAGUAUAACUAUUUUAAUUUGAUUAUCUGGUCCACUAUUACAUAAACAAUAAUGGGAGUUUUAUAUAUGUAAUCUUUCAGUUGGGAAUAUUUAAAAUUGCAAACAAAGGCUACCUUUAUGCCAAGAAAUGUAUUUGCUAUGGUUGUACACAAAUAUGAAAGUAACUUUAUGCCUAAAUAAAUAAAUUUUAAUUGA